GAUUCUACUAAGGAUUACUCCGUAUUUUACAGACUUACAGACUCUCUCUCCACCUUGAAGCUCUCUGUAAUGGAGUAUUAUUGACGUGAGGGAUCCCAUCUCGCAACUUUUGCACAUACUUACAAGCCAACCCAAAUUCUCUCUCCUCCCACUUCUUUCCUUUUCGCCCCCCUAUAAAUUCACUAUCAUCUUUUCGGAUUUAUAUAUAACUUUUAUACUUACAAUUCAAUAUCUUUUUUGAUCCUAGGUUUUCGUGUACUGUAAAUUAAUUCCUUUAAUUUAUGAUUGCAUUCAAUUCAAUUCAAUUAUCAUAUGAAGUUCGGCGGUGAUGCUUUUUUUCUCUCUCCUCCUCACUUUUCUUGCUAUUCCAUUGAUCAAUCCUCUGUGAUUGCUGUUGAAUUGGCUGAAAAUUCGCGAGAUUGUUAUUAUUGGUGCUUGAAUUUUGAUUUUAAUGGGGAAUGAUGAUAAUGGAUGCUGUAUUUUCCCAUUGACGAGCUUACAAAUUGGGGAUUUGCAGUCGUAUCUUUCCCAUCUGAACAUUUUUCUGGCUGCUGAGAGCAACGCAUUCUAUAUUUUAGUGGACAACAGACCAUGGCUCGAAGGUCUAGGAUCACGUCGCGCACACUUGUGGCAAUUGAUGGUUACCAAGUCAAGGUUGUCGCCAUUUGCCAAUAGUAGCGCUCGUAAGGAGAGGAAUGCUGGUAAAGAGAAAUUAGAGAAAAAGGCCAGCAACAAAGUAACGACUUCUAAUAAAGGCACGAAGUCGACUAAUUCAAAGAUUUCGGAGAGAUGGUUUUCACUGAUAGAUGCUGCCACAUUAUCACAAAAGAGGGCGCUAUUACCUGUAAAGAAGCUUAAGUACUCUUUACAGUUAAAUCGAGAGCUCCACAGGACCUUGUUUGGGUUGAUUAUUUUCGAAGUCUCGUGGGAUGAUGUUCGUGGCAUCAAUUAUCUUAAUGAACUACAGACUGAUACUUCUCUGGCUUUAGAAACCAAAUUUAUGAGAAGAUGGGAAUUUGACAGUAUAAUGCAAGCUGUAGACAGCAUUCCUUCUUGGUUUUCAGGGACAUACCAUGAUCAAAAUCUAUUGAGAGAUUAUCUGCUAUCUACUGUUGAUGAAGUGUUCCAUGAUGCCAAGGAGGAUUUUUCGGAUGAAGAGACUGCUUGCUUUUUUGAUGUAGCAGCGGAUAAUGCAUUAUCUUAUGGUGUUUCAGUUGAUUUUGGUGCACGCACCACAGGAAUUGAAAAUGACACGAGUAUUUUACAUACGCCACCACCUCCUAACGUGCCUUAUAAAAGAAGAAAAGUGACACGAUCAAGCAGCUCUGGAGCGGUAGUCGAUACCUACUCUGAGGAAACUCCUAAGACACCCAGUAGGACUUUUGACCCAUUUGAACAUUGUGAGAAUACCAUUGAAGCGACUGAAUACAAAGAUGUCUUACUUUUAUUUAGAUUCAAUGACAGAAACCUUCCUUUUAAGCUAAAAGACAUAAUUAUGGGUGACCUGCGUUUGCUUACUCUCUUAGAAUCUGGGCUUCCAUCUUGGGUAAUAUUCCUUCAAUCAUAUCCUGUCGUUGGCCAUGUUUAUCGUCCAUGGAUGUGUCCUCUUGCCAGAGCUUUAUAUACGAUCAUUUCAAUUACCACUGUUGUGAUUGGGUUUUACGACUUAUACAAGAAUGUGCCACUUCUUAAGGCAACAGCAUCUCGUUUGCUUGGACCUGUUUUUGAUUGGAUAGAGACUUGGGAGAUGGUAUCAAGGGUCAAAUACUUGGGAACAAUGCUAUUCUUGCAUAAUUUUGAAAAGGCUGUUAAGUGGCUUCUGAUGAUAACACAUACUAUGAGAUCAUUUUUUUCUGUUCUUGCUCAGCCAAUUGUUGAGCCGCUUAUAGAAUUUUCCGAAUUCUUUCUUCCAUUCUGGACUGUGUGUAUUCAAAUGUCGGAGAGCUUCUUUUCAUUCAUCUGCAUUGUUUUCGGAUCUUCAUGCAGUUUUAUUGGCAAUGUGGUGGAGAUAAUAUUCUUACCAAUCUGGUUGAUCCUGACAUUUAUCUGGACCACUGCAAUCUCCAUCAUUUUGCCAAUUUUUUGGGCCUGCUGGGAAAUCUUAAAUGCGCCAGUUCGCUUGGUGCUUGCACUGUUCAGUUUCAUAGCCUUUGUCUGUACCCUGAUAUAUGAAAUGAUUGGAGAUUUGUGGUCAUCUGUUUGUAGUAUAGUUCAUAUUGCAUCAACUACUGAGGCGACUGUAACAACGACAUAUGAGGUUUCAAUGUGGCGCUCACUUUGGAAUGAUCUGUUCUCAAAGGUUUUCCGUGCUGUUAGGAGCAUUUUGCAUGGUUUUGUGACUUUUUUCACUGCUUGCAACAGGCAUCGACUUAGUAUUUAUAACCACUUGAAGGAGUUCAUCCAGAAACUAUCCCGCCAUCGUUGCCAAUCACAGCAUAGAACUAUCCAUCACAAAAAAUGGCAUGUGGAUCCAAAACGGCAGGCACAAUUACGUAGAACCCAAAAUUUGGCGGAGCCUCGACAUGUUAAUCGAUAAUUACUGAUGGCUGAUGUCUAUUAGUUGUUUACUGCGGUAGAAACUAGAGAGUUGAACAUAUUCAAUGUACAUAUCUCUGGUGCUUUCUGGUUGUUAAUAUGUUUCUGUAAUAAUUGUAUUUUUAUUCCUCAUUCUUUCUUUACCCUUGUACACCAUUAUUUUUCCAAUUGAGUGUAGAUAUCCAUAAUGAAAAUGUAAAUCUGUAGACAUGCUUCCACCCAAAUGUAUUUAUCAGCAAAUAGAAAGCGGUAAUAAGAAUCUUCUAUAGAGCAA